GAGGGGACACGCUCACACGCACGCAAGUGCCUUCCGGAAUCGGGGGAGGGGCAAUAAUAGCAGCGGGCCCACCCACCACCCUCUCUCCUCCGCUCGUUCAAGAUUCCCUUCCCAGGCAGGCUCCCGUCUCCCUCCAUUUAUUCGCCCCGCCGUUGCUGCCCCCACGGAAUCAAGAACCAAUCGUUGCCCCGCCGGCCGGCCGAAUCUCGCGGAGUGGUGCUCGAGCGAGACAGAGGCAGGAGGAUCGGCAGCCCGCCCAGCCCGGCCGGGAAGGAGGAGGAGAGGAGGAUGCUAGAGGGCAAGGCGCGGGUGCAGGACACGGACAUGCCGGCGCGGAUGCAGGCAGCGGCGACCUCGGCGGCCUCCCGCGCGCUCGACCUCUUCGACGUCGCCGACUGCCGCGCCAUUGCCGGCCACAUCAAGACGGAGUUCGACAAGCGGUACGGCGUCGGGUGGCAGUGCGUGGUGGGCGCCAACUUCGGGUGCUUCUUUACCCACACCAGCGGCACCUUCAUCUACUUCUCCCUCGAGCGCCUCUCCUUCCUCCUCUUCAAGGCCGCCGCCGCCGCCGCAUCCUGAAUGGUAGAUAGAUAGUCUCCUCCGGCUCCCAUCGUCCGCCACACGGCAUCCUCUGCCCGCAGCCGCUGCUGCUGCUCACGAUGGAUUGAUGCCCCCGCGCGGCAGGAGGCGUCCUCCACAGACCGUGUGCUGCUGCAUCAUUGUACGCCCAAAUCUGGAUUCUGUCCAAACUCUUGUACAUAGAUCACUCAGAACCACUCUCGUUUCUGGAAUGGAAUGUAUAGCCUCAGCCCUCAAUGUUCUUCCUUUCUCACCAACUUCAAGAUGGGCCUGAUUUGACAUUUUUCUUU